GGAAGCUUUGAUUUAUUUAUUCCCAAAAAGUGUUUUAUUGGGUCAUUUAUUUUUUGUGUACCGGAGAUCUCAAAUUACAUUUAGGUUUUCCAAAAUUAGUUGGGUUUUGUCUAGCCGGAAUUUACUUUCACCUGCACUUAAGAUAAACAAAUUAAAAAAUAAAUCUGGCCAAUAGAUCUGGCGAUUGUCCGGCGCUUCUGCGACAAUACCACUGUGCCUCUUGUGCCACACAAAGCUUCCAUUCCAGAGCCCGAGCCAGAGGCAGCUUCUUCAUCUUGGCAUGUGAUGUGGUCACCUGGCCGAGUUGGGCCAAGUCGGGCCAGGUUAGGCCACCACAUCCACAUUUCCUCUGGGGCAGAGUCUUAUGAAAACUGGUUUACGGAAUGGAAUGGAAUACCAGUACCCGACACAGCUGGCUCAGAAACGUUCCAUUUGCAACUCUCAGUUGCUUUCCAACCGACUCCGAAGACUCCGCCGAAUUUCGAGAAGAAAGUGAUCGGAUCGGAUCGGAUCGGAUCGAGGGUCUCGAUUGAUUAACGGUUCUUCAAACUUUAAACAACAAGCUCUGACAAAAUGUUUUAAAUAAACGGCUGCAACGAGGCCUUAGCUUUUAGCUUAAACCAUAGCUGUAUCUGUAUCUGUAUCUGUGGCUAUAACUUUGGCUGCAUUGCCGCGAGACGUUCCAUUUUUUUGUAUUUUAAACGACUGGCGAGAUAACAAAGAAAGUGAGAUCAAGUCCGCGAGAUCGUGGCGAAAGAAGAAAAAGAAGAUUUGAAAGAAACUUUUUGCUUUUGGCCACCGCGGAACUGACAAAUGUUAAAUACCAAUAGACCGUCGAGGAAUUAAGACGCGUCGCGCCGUCGCCUGUUACCAAAAACGGAUUUAAACACCUUGAAUUAUCCGCGCCACUCGAAAAAGAACACAAAAAAGUACAUUAACAUGUCGCCCGUUUACAAAUUAACACCUCUUUUGGUGAUAUUCACCUUUAUAAUUGUAGUGCAGUGCUUGGGAAGUGAAAACGAUCCAAGGAGUGCGCGUUUAAUGCAAUAUUUGAAUGAACCUCAUUUCGGUCACAAUAGACAUGGACCAGUGCCUCCGGCAGGACUACUGCAGGCUGCCAGGAUUCGUUCGCGAUCGGAUAGCUUACCUCUGCUCUCGAUAUCUCCCCACAAACAUCCGAAGGACUUUGCUCUACGUUCUCAGCAGCCUGCCACAGUGCAACAUAUUAUGCGCCGCGAACAGUUUGGCAAUUAUCCUUUGAACGAUCAGCACAGGAGAUACCAGAUCGAUCAGAACCAGCCGUCUAGAUUUGCUCACAUCAAGGAUGCUCCAGUCUUAGAUGUAGGAAAAAAUCAGUUUCCGCAGUAUGUUUCCGAGCAGUACCUACAAAAUUUUAAGGCCUCCCCUCGUUUUAAUGGCAAUGUGAUUAUGAAGGAUCACAAACCCGUCUACGCUCCCAUCCAGCAGCAUGCCAUUCCUGUUCAAGCCUCUCAAUAUCUGCAUUAUCCCAAACUUUUUGGGCAACAAGGAGCAAACUUUAACAUUGUGCCGUCCCAGCAGACUGCUCUACAAAAUCCACAGUUCCAGCAAGACCCGAGUAGUUACGCAGUCCACGAGGAGUCUGAGAAUCAACAGAAGCCAUUAACCAACCAGGCCGUGAAUUAUCGCCAGGCAAUUCCACCUGUUAAGGAAUCAAAGGAGGCUCAGAAAUACUUGCAUUUUAUGGGCACGAAUGAGUAUUUUUUGCCCAAGAGAGAUCCAGAUUAUAAAAAACUUGAUGCCGAGCAUGAUCAGCAGAAGCAACUUAAUCAAUACCCACUGCAACACCAACACACACCUUUGCAGCAGCAGCAACCAUUGUUGCAGCAUCACCACCAACAUCAGCCAUUGCAACUCCAACAGCCUCAGCAACAUCUGCAACCACAACAACCGCAGCAGCAUCAGCUACCGCUGCAACACCAGCAUCAGUCGCUGCACCAAAAUCUUCACUACAAGACAGCUUCUGGGCCAGACAACUCGGUCUCCUCUAGUUACAAUGAACCCAUACAAGUUUCCGAUCUGUUCUACCAACAAGAUCCCGCCCCCGCGAAUUCCGCUGUAGUGCGUGGAAGCUACCAAGCCGGCCAGGAUGUGUUUGUGGUCAAAUCAGAUGGCAACAAGGCGGUGAAGCAUGUUGUAUCCACACCCAUGUCAGUGCAAGCCUCGACACAAACCCCACCAAAGAGCCAUCACCUGACCAAGAGCCACAAAAGUUACACGCCGGAGCCUCUGAGAUUUGAGUUCACAGAGCAGGAUGCCAUCCGGGGAUCCAUGAAGUACACAAAGUCGCCACAGGGCAACGCCUACUACUAUGAAACGGUAGCCCAAACUCCACGAGAACCAGCCAAGACUCCAUCACCAGUCCUGGAUGUGGCCAAGCCAAUUAAAGAGUUCAGCGACGAUGCCGAGGAUAGUGCCGACACUGAAAUUGGAAAGCAGCCUGAGGCACCACAGACUCCAACCGUGACGAGUACAGCUACUCAGGAUUCUGCACAGGAUACCGAAAGUUACUGUGAAAAGAUCUGUGCUAAUGUUUAUGACGAAAACGAUGAAAUAAUCUGUGGAUCCGAUGGAUACAUGUACACCGGAGAAACACAACUCCAGUGUUACUCAUCUUGUCUUAAUAUAAGUGUGACAAUCAAAAGUAAAGGCUCUUGCACAUAGGGAGGAAUCCAAGGAAAACAUUUAAUUAUUUAAAUUUAUUUUAGCAGUUUUAAGAUUUUCAAAGUUUAAUUAUAGUCUCUAAAUGCGCACGAUUUCAGUCCCUGGCAAUAAUUUAAAAAUGGGGGCUUUUUAAAGAGUUAUAUUGGUCUAAUGAUAAAAUGUAACUUAUGUUGGAAAAUGGAAUCGUGCUCUUCUCGUUUUCCUAUAUAUUUGACAUAUGAGUGAUCUAAUCAAAUCUAUAUACAUUUUUAGUGCUUAUAGCUGUUAGUUCUCACAAAAAGCUCGUGAGAAAUAAGUUAAUUUAUUUAUAUUAUAUUAAUAAAAAUAAAAUAUAU